CUUUGAAAUCUCAUGGGACUUUGCACCCACUCUGGCUUUAUUGGAAGGCUUUGUAUGUCUCCACAGGGUAAACACCCAUUUACUGGGGUGAUGAUGUCUCCAGGAUCUAGUUCAUGUUUGUCGUUGGUGACUGGCCCCACCCAGUUCUGGGCAAGCUGGAUCCCGGCAGGAACAGAGCCCACCAGCCUAAACUUCCAUGGAAGUGGAGAGGGGACAGGCUUCUGUCUCUUUUUGGCUGAAGGUGCAUCAUGUCCAAGGCCCCUCUUCUAGCCAAGCAGAGAAGCUGGGUGAUAAAGAUGGGUGAGAGUGGGUGAUGUACCCCAGAGUCCUGGCCUCCUGGCUCCUCACUCCCCUACACGUAACUUUAUCCGGCCAAUGCCGCAAAGACUGCUGGUGAGGCCAGAUGCAUGAAUGAUCAUACUCACAACAGUCGUGAAACUGCCAGUGAUGAAACUGAUAAGGACAAGAAAUGACAAUAAUCAAGGUGGGGUUUCUCGUGGACGUUUCCAAGACUUCAUUCUCAAAUUCUCUCCCUCAGGGUCCCCACUCUGUCCUCCCACCUAAGCCUGGCAUGAGGAGGCACUGGCCUGUGGGGACCCUGGUCUUCAGGUUCCCAAACCUGGCUGGGUCUGGUUGCCCCCUGGCCUUAACCUGUGAACAUCCAGCUGUCCCUGGGCUGUGAUUCAGUGUCUGUCUCCCGGGUGACCUCAGCAUGGGCUUUGAGGAAGGGGAGAGAGUAGUUUCUUCUGAGACUGGAUAGUGACUCAGGGACCCGGGGCUGGGGCCUCAAAAGUGCCUUUGUUGGCCUGGGCUCAGGAAUCCAGAGAAACUGGUCAGGAGGAGGCCCCAGUGAUGAAAACCCCUCCCUCUGCCCCCGCCCCUCUGCCAGAGCCAUAUAACUGCUCAACCUGUCCCCGAGAGAGAGUGCCCUGGCAGCUGUCGGCUGGAAGGAACUGGUCUGCUCACACUUGCUGGCUUGCGCAUCAGGACUGGCUUUAUCUCCUGACUCACAGUGCAAAGGUGCACUCUGCGAACGUUAAGUCCGUCCCCAGCGCUUGGAAUCCUACGGCCCCCACAGCCGGAUCCCCUCAGCCUUCCAGGUCCUCAACUCCCGCGGACGCUGAACAAUGGCCUCCAUGGGGCUACAGGUAAUGGGCAUUGCGCUGGCCGUCCUGGGCUGGCUGGCCGUCAUGCUGUGCUGCGCGCUGCCCAUGUGGCGCGUGACGGCCUUCAUCGGCAGCAACAUUGUCACCUCGCAGACCAUCUGGGAGGGCCUAUGGAUGAACUGCGUGGUGCAGAGCACCGGCCAGAUGCAGUGCAAGGUGUACGACUCGCUGCUGGCACUGCCGCAGGACCUGCAGGCGGCCCGCGCCCUCGUCAUCAUUAGCAUCAUCGUGGCCGCUCUGGGCGUGCUGCUGUCCGUGGUGGGGGGCAAGUGUACCAACUGCCUGGAGGAUGAAAGCGCCAAGGCCAAGACCAUGAUCGUGGCGGGCGUGGUGUUCCUGUUGGCCGGCCUUAUGGUGAUAGUGCCCGUGUCCUGGACGGCCCACAACAUCAUCCAAGACUUCUACAAUCCACUGGUGGCCUCCGGGCAGAAGCGGGAGAUGGGUGCCUCGCUCUACGUCGGCUGGGCCGCCUCCGGCCUGCUGCUCCUUGGCGGGGGGCUGCUUUGCUGCAACUGUCCACCCCGCACAGACAAGCCUUACUCCGCCAAGUAUUCUGCUGCCCGCUCUGCUGCUGCCAGCAACUACGUGUAAGGUGCCACGGCUCCACUCUGUUCCUCUCUGCUUUGUUCUUCCCUGGACUGAGCUCAGCGCAGGCUGUGACCCCAGGAGGGCCCUGCCACCGGCCACUGGCUGCUGGGGACUGGGGACUGGGCAGAGACUGAGCCAGGCAGGAAGGCAGCAGCCUUCAGCCUCUCUGGCCCACUCGGACACCUUCCCAAGGCCGCCUCCUGCUAGCAAGAACAGAGUCCACCCUCCUCUGGAUAUUGGGGAGGGACGGAAGUGACAGGGUGUGGUGGUGGAGUGGGGAGCUGGCUUCUGCUGGCCAGGAUGGCUUAACCCUGACUUUGGGAUCUGCCUGCAUCGGUGUUGGCCACUGUCCCCAUUUACAUUUUCCCCACUCUGUCUGCCUGCAUCUCCUCUGUUCCGGGUAGGCCUUGAUAUCACCUCUGGGACUGUGCCUUGCUCACCGAAACCCGCGCCCAGGAGUAUGGCUGAGGCCUUGCCCACCCACCUGCCUGGGAAGUGCAGAGUGGAUGGACGGGUUUAGAGGGGAGGGGCGAAGGUGAUGUAAACAGGUUUGGGCAGUGGUGGGGGAGGGGGCCAGAGAGGCGGCUCAGGUUGCCCAGCUCUGUGGCCUCAGGACUCUCUGCCUCACCCGCUUCAGCCCAGGGCCCCUGGAGACUGAUCCCCUCUGAGUCCUCUGCCCCUUCCAAGGACACUAAUGAGCCUGGGAGGGUGGCAGGGAGGAGGGGACAGCUUCACCCUUGGAAGUCCUGGGGUUUUUCCUCUUCCUUCUUUGUGGUUUCUGUUUUGUAAUUUAAGAAGAGCUAUUCAUCACUGUAAUUAUUAUUAUUUUCUACAAUAAAUGGGACCUGUGCACA